CGCUGAAUCGACCUUCAUUCUUCAUCUGAACAGUCAAAACUCCAAAGCAUCUACCUACUUCGACUCACAAUGCCAAUCAUCGAGCUCACUACCAACGUCAAGGUCCCGGAUGCUAAGGCAUUCACAACUGCCUUGUCCCAGAAAAGCGCUGAGAUCCUCGGAAUGACAAAAUAUGUCACCGUGACAUACAAGUACGAUGAAAGCAUGAUCUUCGGCGGCACGUACGAUCCUGCCUUCACCAUGAAUGUGCUCACCGUAUUGGGCAUCCCGACGGAAAAGAAUGCUGGUUUUAGCAAGGGUUUCUUUGACUUCUUUGAGAAAGAGCUUAAGAUUCCGAAUGACCGGGGAUACAUCGUUUUCAAUGACCCAGGAUCGGACCGUCUUGGGUACAAGGGAACUACGUUCAAUAUCAUUUUGGCGUCUAUGCCUUCCCGGGAAUGAGUAAGAUGAUGUAAAGAUCUUGAUAAACUUGUUGAAAUGAUGUCUCCUUUUAAAGAUAGUAUGUCAGUAUUAGCUCGGAGUUGAAGAAUGUGAAUAUCAAAGUUUCCGUCCGCGUGAUCAAUUAUCUCGUCACGAUUUGAACAAUACACGCUGUGGUCGGAUA